GUAUUGGUCAUCGUCCUCACCAAACUACCCCAGGUUGAUUAAGUGGAAAACCAAAACUUGGUUUGCAGAUGAAACUUUUCUUCUACUCUGGGUUUUGAAUUUGGGUGAGACAGAAUCCCUCCGUCAAUUUCGCUAAACGGUGUGUACCUUGGUCUGGCACCGAAUUCUCCAAUCCCUCCAUGAUUUGAAACAUAUAACUAGAAUGAACGGUGUCUGAGGACAAGAGCAUCUUCGCGAGGGACGAAUUUGAACCUAAGAAGCUCAAAUUGUUUGGUCUGGAUUUGGCUAUUGCUUUCUGUUCUUUGAUGCUCAGAAAUGGCCUAGUAUGGAAUUUCAGUGUUGGUCUUCUGUUCUUGGAUUUGAUCGCUCCGAUAUGUGCUGACGUGGGGAACUUGCUUGUCAUUGCACUCUGUUAGGUGUUGCACAUUCAGGAAUAUCGGAUGAGAAAGUGGCUUACUGAGAAUUUGGCAAUUGGAUUUCCAUCAGAAGAAGAAGGUUGUUGACAAUGGGAGAGCAGUGAUUGACUAUUUGCUUCAAUAAGUCCACAUGAUUGAAGAAGGAUGCAGCUCAUAGAGUCAUGUUAAGCACAAAAAUGGGAGUAUAAUGUCUGAAGAGGCUGGAGUAAUGUUAGUGGUUUAUGAUGAUCCCUCAGACCAACGAUCUUUCUCUUUGGAUGAUACCAGCAGCAGUGAGGAAUCACUUGAUGAAACUAGGCUUUCUCUAGAGACCACAAACGAUGUGAUUCCGUAUAUUGGAAAAAGGUUUGCUACUCACGAUGCAGCUUAUGAGUACUACAGUGAAUUUGCAAAGCAAUGUGGAUUCUCAAUCCGGCGACACCGUACGGAGGGAAAAGAUGGGGUGGGCAAGGGACUUACAAGACGCUACUUUGUCUGCCACCGUGCUGGAAACACUCCGAGUAAAACCUCCAACGAAAGUAAGCCUCAAAGAAAUAGAAAAUCCUCCCGGUGUGGAUGUCAAGCAUACAUGCGGAUAAGCAAGACAACAGAAUUGGGUGCAUCAGAAUGGCGUGUCACGGGUUUUGCGAACCACCAUAAUCAUGAACUUUUGGAACCAAACCAAGUUCGUUUCCUUCCUGCAUACCGAACUAUAUCCGAGUCUGAUAAGAGCCGGAUCCUUAUGUUUGCCAAGACAGGAAUUUCAGUACAGCAAAUGAUGAGGCUCAUGGAGCUUGAGAAGUGUGUUGAACCAGGUUAUUUACCCUUUACUGAAAAGGAUGUGAGAAAUUUGCUCCAGUCAUUUAGGAAAUUAGAUCCGGAAGAGGAAAGCAUUGACUUAUUAAGAAUGUGCAGAAACAUCAAGGAGAAAGAUCCGAACUUCAAAUUUGAGUACACAAUUGACUCAAAGAACAGAUUAGAGAAUAUUGCAUGGUCAUAUGCAUCCUCAGUACAGUCAUAUGAGAUAUUUGGAGAUGCAGUAGUGUUUGAUACCACUCAUCGCUUAACUGCGUUUGACAUGCCACUUGGGAUAUGGGUUGGAAUAAAUAAUUAUGGUAUGCCUUGCUUCUUUGGCUGUGUGCUUCUACGAGAGGAAAGUGUAAGGUCAUUUUCAUGGGCAUUGAAGGCAUUCCUGGGGUUCAUGUAUGGGAAGGCACCACGGACCAUAUUAACUGAUCAAAAUUUAUUUCUGAAAGAAGCAAUAAGUGGAGAGAUGCCAACAACUAAACACGCACUAUGUGUAUGGAUGAUAGUUGCGAAGUUUCCUUCCUGGUUCAAUGCUGUUUUGGGUGAACGUUACAAUGAGUGGAAGAGUGAGUUUUAUCGCAUUUACAAUUUGGAGUCCAUAGAGGAUUUCGAACUAGGGUGGAGGGACUUGGUAAAUUCUUUUGGGCUUCACUCAAACAGGCACAUAGUCAACUUGUAUGGCCUACGCUCACUUUGGGCUCUGCCAUUCUUGAGAAGCCAUUUCUUUGCAGGAAUGGCUACAAUUGGUCAGUCGAAGUCAAUUAAUGCAUUCAUCCAACGAUUUUUGAGUGCACAAACUCGGCUGGCACACUUCAUUGAACAAGUGGCUGUUGCUGUGGAUUUUAAAGAUCAAGCUGGAGAACAACAAACAAUGCAACAGAAUCUCCAAAACAUAUGCCUGAAAACAGGAGCACCGAUGGAAUCCCAUGCUGCCUCAGUUCUUACUCCUUAUGCAUUCUCUAAGCUUCAAGAACAACUUGUUUUGGCUGCUCACUAUGCAUCUUUCCAAAUGGAUGAUGGUUUUCUUGUUCGACAUCACACAAAAGGUGAUGGAGGCCGAAAAGUGUAUUGGGUUCCUCGGGAAGGCAUCAUAAGUUGCGGUUGCCAUCAUUUUGAGUUCUCAGGGACCCUUUGUCGGCAUGCACUUCGAGUUCUCUCAACGGGAAAUUGCUUUCAGAUUCCGGAUAGAUAUCUUCCUGUCCGUUGGCGUCGGAUCAGCAUGCCUUCUGCAAAACUCCUUCAUAGUUUUCCAAGUGAUCAUGCAGAAAGAAUACAGCUGUUACAAAGUAUGGUCUCAACUCUGGUAACAGAAUCUUCAAAGUCUAGGGAGAGGCUAGAUAUAGCAACUGAGCAGGUCUCGAUCCUCUUAUCUCAGAUAAGAGAGCAGCCUGUUUCAUUACAAAGUACGAGAGACAUUACACCGAAGAAUAGGAAUAUAUGAUGCAUACCCUUAAGAAGGCUUCGUCCGAAAUUCUCACGGAAAGUGGAACUUGUCAGUAUUUGAAUGAAGUCAAGACUGGCAGGCAUGAAAGCUAUACUUGGCAUCAGACUGUUGGGAGCUGGGACGUGGGAAGAAGUGUUGUUUGUUGGAUGUUUGUAGCUUUUAUGGUAAUUGGUGUAAUAGUUAUACUGGAGGAACGGCUACAAGUUUUGAGGAAGGAAACUGGUGAGAUGCACUGAAUAGAACAAGUCUUUGCAAGCCUAAUGGCAAACUAAGAGACCCUAUUUAGUGAAAACAAAUGGUCGUUUAACCAGCAAAUAUUGAAUAUGAUGAACUAUAAUGCACUGCGUUGCUACCACAUAUCGGACAGAUGAUCGAAUGCAAGUCCAAAUGUCCAAUGCCAUGUUGUCGAUGAAGAGAUUUCUUUUGGUAGAAGUUGGGAUAAAACUGGGUUAUGGCUUCAAGGAUGGAGCACUUUCUCUAUGUACCUGUCGUCAUCAUUGUCAAGAGUGUGAAUUAGCUUUUACAUGAGAAUGCUUGUCCUAGGUUUUUUUGUUUUUGUUUCCAAGAAGAGAGAGACUAUGAAAAGUACACAGGAGGACCUAACUGGGACACCAAAUACAGACAGAAACAAAACCAAGGCUAUAAAGGCCCAACGAAGCAAAGGAGAAAUCAAACUAAGCAGGCAUGUAGGUGAGCCCACAACUUAGGCCACCCAAGCAACAACCCAACAAUAGUGAGAAGAACGUAGAAGCAUCAUCGGCGCCGCCGUGAAGAAAGUUGCCAAUAGCAUCAUGAUUUGGCAAGAGAUCGAGAGAACUCGGAGUGGGAGGUCCACAAAGGGAUUGAAGAGACAGCCGGACAGGUACCCAAAAGGGUGUUCAAUCCCUUGUUGCACCACUGAAACGAAUUUUUGUGCACUAGUGGGCAAACGACAAUCAAUGGCAGAAGGAAAAUGUUAAGAGUCGGCCGAGUCGGCAACAAACAAGGCCAACAAGUGGUUUGAGAUGACGAAGGAUAGAACUGGGAAAAGGAGUUUUGGGGGAAGAGGAACACACUAGAAUUCAAACCAAAAAGGGAAACACCAAACAGAAAGGGAAAAACAGGAAGGGCAAAAUAGAGGUAAACAACCUCAAAUUGGAGACGAGCUCGGGGCAAAAUCGCCCAUGAGCGGGAAAAAACACCACCGACUCUCAAUAUGAAUGAGAGAAAACCUCCCCGAGUGGGUUUUGCUUUUUAUUGUAAAAUUAACCUAUUUGCUUAUAAUGUUGUGGGGGAGGGAAUUUGAACUUUGUAACUAGUGCCAUAAUCUCAUUGGGUUUGCAUUUCAUUUG